CUUAUCCCUCUCUCUCUCUCUCUCGGACACACUAUGCAUCCCAAACUCUGAAACAGAAAACAGAAGAACUACAUCCUCUAAUCCAUGGCGUCGUGUCGUUUACAUUUCCCUCCUCUAUCCUGUCCCUCCCAAACGCCACGUUUCUCGUCCCGAAACCCUAGCCCCCAUCCUCUCCUACUUAAUCUCACUCCCUCCUCUAAUCCCCAAAAGGUCUCUUGUUCCGGUACGCGACGCCCGAGAUUACUCACCGUCAAGGCCCACAUGACCACCGAGGAGAAGGCCGUUUCCGGCGACCGAAUGCUGGUGUUUGUGCCGCCGCACCCGUUGAUCAAGCAUUGGGUUUCAGUCCUGAGAAAUGAGCAAACCCCUUGCCCCAUUUUCAGAAAUGCGAUGGCUGAGUUGGGGAGACUCCUUAUUUACGAAGCUUCAAGAGAUUGGUUGCCUACAGUCACUGGAGAAAUUCAAUCACCAAUGGGUGUUGCAUCAGUUGAAUUCAUAGAUCCGAGGGAGCCUGUCUCGGUCGUUCCAAUACUGAGAGCUGGUCUUGCUCUUAUGGAACAUGCAUCAUCUGUCUUGCCAGCAACAAAAACAUACCAUCUUGGAAUGGCCCGAGACGAGGAAACACUUCUGCCAACAGUAUAUCUUAACAAGCUACCUGAAAAAUUUCCUGAAGGAUCUCGAGUAUUUCUGUUUGAUCCGAUGCUAGCAACAGGUGGCACAAUAGUGGCCGCUGUGGACCUAUUAAAGGAGCAUGGGCUUGCCAACAAGCAAAUCAAAGUGAUAUCUGCUGUAGCUGCUCCUCCGGCCCUUCAAAAGCUGAGCGAGAAAUUUCCUGGGCUUCAUGUCUACGCUGGGAUUAUUGAUCCUACUGUAAAUGACAAAGGGUUUAUAAUCCCUGGACUGGGUGACGCUGGAGACCGUAGCUUUGGUACCUAAAGUCAGUUCUCAAGUAUGCGGCUUCCUAAACUUUAGCUUUGCUCUUGCAGUUUUGGGUUAUUGAGGGGUUCUGAGAGAUACCUUCAAACGUAAGGCAAGGUUAGUUCAUUUGCGCAGUUUGGUACUGAGAGCAUUGGGAACCAAAUUCAAGUACCCUAUGGAUUUUGUAUCAGGAGUUAUUAUUAUUAUUUUUUCUCUGAGCCUCAGCUAUAGCAAUAUUAUGGUUUUCAUUAGCAAUUUGAAUUCAAACUCUCAUCAGUCCCGGUAACGCGCUAAGCUCCAGUAGUCCAGUUCAAGUAAGUGACGCUGGAGUAUGGUCCGGAAGGUGGUAGUCUCGUAGAUCUAAUGGUCAAAUCUAUCUAGAGCAAAAAAAAUUACUACAAAUAAGAACUUGAGCAGUACGUUGCAAUGUUGGUGUGAUUAGACUUGUUGCAGUAAUGGAAAGUUGGAGUUGGUCUUUCUUAUUUUU